GCUGAAGAGGGUGAGGGUAUGUUUGGGCUUGUCUGGACUUGUCUAGAAUUGCUUGGACAGAGUCUGCAUCCACGUCCCAAACAAAUUUUUAUCGACUGCUAAAAAAGACGCUUUGUGUUUGAAUUUCAGAAUCUAACAGAUAUUUUCGCAAUGGCUGGAGUGUCUGUCUGUGAUCGAACUUUCAAACGACCACGGUUAGAUGAAAGUGACUUCUUUGACAGCAGCAGCUGUGCUAGUGACGAAUCCUGUCAUACAUGGCAGGGAUAUGAAACAGCUUGGGUCCAAGACUCUGGGGAUGAUUGGUCCCCAUCUUCAUCCAGUGAGUCUGAUGGUGAUGCUACUGAUGUCAUUUAUGAAGUGGAAUAUGAGAUUGCAUCUGAUUCUACCGCUGACCUAGAUGAUGAAGAAUCUGAUGGUUCUUCUGAUAUUGAAGCUGCUCGUAUUCCCAUAAUUGCUGUGGAGUUAGAAGAUGAAAGUUUGACUGAUAUUGAAAGCUCUGAUGAUGGAAUUAUUCGUAACAGCCCCAUUCCAACUCGCAGCCUCGAAGAUAAAUGGAAAUGUCUUCGUUGCGGCGUUCAUAAUAUCCCUCCCAUGCGAUACUGCCACAAGUGUUAUGAGAUCAGGAAAGGUUGGUUAGAUCCUAGGCCGAAGCGAAGAAGGGCAAAAAGACCUCGCUGUGAGAAUAGUAGCAGUGAAAAUCAUGCUGGAUCGUCAAUCUCCUCUGUUUCUUCCUCGACUCAGGGACGAGAAGGGUCCAUUAUUUCAUCCCAAACCAGUGUAGAUAGCGGUGUUUUGUCCCAAAGCUCCUCGUAUGAAGAACACCAACACGUGACCGGCUGCAGUGGUAAUAUUAAGCAACCUUGCGGCUGCUCCGAAUUGUGUGGGCUGUGUGGGCUUCGUCCUGUCGAUGGAGCAUUUAUGCAUGGUAAUACUGGUCAUCAGCUUUACUGUUAUUCGUGUUCAAAACGUCUAUGGCGUGAAAGGAAGAAAUGUCCUUUAUGUCGGCGAACUAUUGCAAGGGUAGUGAAAAUGUUUCGAGUGAACAGUUGACAGGAAUAGGUUUUUACCGGACUAGUACAAAAGGGAACUUCAUGUCAUUUGGUUGUAAAUGUUGGGGCUGGCUGUUAUUUCAUAUAUUAGCAUUUUGUCUAGGUCACAUAUAUAGUUUUUCCAAGCAUUUUCUAAUCAUUGUCACUUGCUGGUCGCUGUAGCUGUGAACUUCCACUUCAGCUUCUUGCUCCAUUCGGUUUGUCUGCUGAACAUCCAACUAUUUGCCCAUGGGUAGUAAGAAAUUAAUACAUGGAGUAAUAGUUUGAAUAAA